UUUCUCUCUCCGUUUUCUCUCUCCUACUUCUCAUUUGCCAGAACCAGAACUCUGGCAACCAACUAGAGCAUUGUGUCUUCUUGGCGAAGAAGAGGCACUGGGAUAGACAGGGGUAGUGAAAGACAGACACAGUGAGGUGAAGAUGACAUAUGGACAAGGUGGGGGGGUGGACAGCAGAGACCUGCACCAUCUAUCUACACGCUUUGGAUGUGUUUUUGUUCAAAAGAGUAACUUCCCAACAACAAAUAUUAGGAGGAUUCUUUUGAGCGUCGUCAGACUGUUUGGCUCCAGUUUUGGUCUCAGACACUGACGGACAACUGCUGACGGGCUGCAGCAGAUAGCGAGUGACUUGAAGGAGGAAGGAGAAGACAUUAAAUGCUGCGCACAUACAUGUGCUUUCACAGAUCACUUGAACUCUGACAGACGUUGCGUGACUGUCGGAUGAGCCGCAUUGUGGAUGUCAUUAUGUGUCAACUCUUUGAUUCCAAUCCAAUCUUCAAGGAUCAGGGGCAUUUUGGAUCCUUAAAAGGAUUUUGAGUCAUAUCCUCAAAGUAUACACAGCUUUAUAAAGAGAAACCCCAAGAGACUCAUUCAAAACCUAAAACUUGCUAUUCAGGAUGUGCUGUAAGAAAAAUAUAGACACCCAUUUUACAUCAAAACACAACAGCCGUCCGUGCUGCAUGCUGGAGCCCGAGUCAACAAUGCAGGAGUAGCCAUCCAUUCAGGACUACGAGAACUGGAAUCCUCUGCAAUGUUCAUGUGAGGGUUCACAGUUAUUUUGCUGCUACAGGACAGCCAUCAGAGGUGGGAAAAAUAAGAGAGACUGCAUCAACAUGAAGGUUUUGGGAGUUUGAACAUAUCUGAAACAAUGAUGUAGAGACAUGUGCUGCUCAGGCUAAAAAGCUUUUGGAGGCAUAUUCACGAUUUGUGAUAUUAAGCCAAAUUAAAAAAAAAAAAAAAACUGACAAGAUCUGGAUCAGGAGUGGCCCAAAGUUUCAUCAAAGGUGGAAAAAAACUUAUUUGAUGGAUUUCAGGUUGAUCAUUGUAUGUGAGGAAGAGCAGAAAAGCUAAACAAAGGAAGAAGAAAUUAAGGGUCACCGCUACAGAAAAACUCCUGAACGUGAAGAGGAGAGGUUUGAAGUGCUCAGCUGGCCCAGCUGUUGGCGGUAGACAUGAGCUCAUUAGCUUUUCUCAAUCUUAAAUGAAAACAGGACAGGGACUGGACAAGUUGGUCAGCCAAGAGGAAAGACAGCUUAUAAUUGACAGGGUUUCCUCCAGGGACUUCACCACCAUGAUGGAGAAGCUGAACCACAGUGCCUCACCUGCCUCACCUCACGACCUACCUCGCCCCCCCUCCUCUUCAUCUUCCUCUGCCUCCUCCCCGUCCUGUGCGUCUGUGGAGCUGCGCAGCAAGACUCCAGCAUCCUUGGUUGCCAUCAGCAUCCCUGUAACUGAGCACACUGAUGUCCCUAUUGUCCCCUCAACGCGGUCUCCCAGCACGUUGACAAUGAUGUUGACCAAUCACCAAACAGAUACAACUACUGCACCUGAGCCUGCUGUCGUGGAGAUGGAGGAAGAGGAGGAGGAGAUAUUGCACGAGCCAAAAAGCAUCGACACCACCGGGGAUUCAACACAUGGCUCGCCAACUCUUUCCUCUCCACCUCCACUCCUCCCAGCACCAGCCAAGACUUCCCCAUGCCCUCUACCUCCUCCAACUUCCAACAAAGCUUUCCCUCUGUCAUCCUCCUCCUCACCUCUUCCUCCCCACAUUCCGGUCAUCAGUCUCGGCCACAGCAAGCCCCCUCUCCAGCUCUCCAGCACCCCUUUGACAGCCCUCCACCCAAUUCCCAACCUCAUACACGGCGUCCACGGGGACAUUCGGCGCAGUCAGCAGACUUGUUUACCUAUGGUCAGCCCUGGAGCUUCGGGAUUAUCUGGAGGUCCCGGAGGCCCCUCAGCUUCUUCACCUGGGCCCCUGUUGGCUCAGCAAUACUUGCCUGCACACCCCUUCCUCACCAGUUCUUACCUGGGGCCCUCAGGAGGAGGCUAUGGCAUUAUCAACAACAACCGCAUCAAGAGGAGGCCGUCAUCACACUUUGAGAUGGAGAUCAAUGACUGCCCUCCCCAGAAACUUGCCCGUCGUGUCUUCACCAACAGCCGUGAGCGCUGGCGGCAGCAGAACGUGAACGGGGCCUUUUCCGAGCUGAGAAAACUAAUCCCAACACACCCGCCUGACAAGAAGCUCAGCAAAAACGAAAUCCUGCGUUUGGCUGUGAAGUACAUCAACUUUCUCGUCACUCUGCUCAAUGACCAGGACCAGGACGAGAGCGGUGACCCGGGUGAGGAUGACGGUGAGGACCAGAGCGCCGCAGCUGGGCUGGACAGCGGCAAGCAGAAGACUCUUUUUCAGCGUGACACUGACAUGACAGCAACAGCCCGUCCUGUCACGGCUCACAGAGACUCAACUGAUUCGGUCAUUGCCCUGGCUAAUUCCCCGGCAACUUCCAGUUGCUAUGGAGACACAGACAGUGAUGAGAGCUUUGGCGCUAAGCCCUCUUUGGUGACCCAUGGCAUUUUGGGAAAGGUCAAAGGUCAGAUGAGGAUGGUGGCCGCAACAAAUGACGAGCGGUGACACUAGAAGACAGCAAAAAGAGAGCUGUGCAGGCAACAGGAGUGUAAAUGUCCCACUGACGAACUGGAGGCACAAGAUACCCAGCGUGUUUGUUUUAACAGUUUGGUUUUCUUUCCAGCAUUGUGCAAACAUUAAAUGUGACUGUGAGGCUCUGUGUUAUUAAAACACCCAAAUGAGGCAUGAAACUUAAUAGAUCAAUGAACCACAUAAAUAAGUUAAACUAAUCGAUCAUAAUGAUCCUUUCAAACAUCAAACUGCUAUGUGAAAUGUUAUGGAUCCAUGGCAAUGAUGGCCUUAGUGGACCCAUAAAUAUCUAACAUCUUGCAUGAAAGGAUCAAAGAACUGGUAUAUUUUUCCAGUCUGCAGUCUCAGAAGUUCACAUGUAAAAUAAUCCGUCAGAGAUAACUGCAAGGACAAGGAAAUAAUGAGCAGUUACUCAGGAUUUGCUGCAUUUUAUGUUCAUGCUGUGCAUUUUAGCCAUGGUCCCACCCAGAAAUUGUGACACACUUGUACCAGACAGAAAUAAAGUGUGUUUUAGUUUGCUGUUC